GUGGUGUGUAGUACGCGGCGUUCGGGAUAGGGGGCUAUAGUACCUUCAUGCAUGGCCCAUAAAGGAUUCGUCGACUAUCCGAGAAGUACGCAAGAAACGGCUUCUAACACCUGACAGGCCCUGACGCGCGCGCCCCGUGUGCUCUCAAACACCGUGCAUUUUCCUUCUCUCGUCGCUUUUACUGUUUUCCCACCGUGUUUUCAUCCACGAAGAAGAGGACAACGUCAGCGUCACACACCAGCGUAAAACCGUCCAUCAUUAUAUCUCUUACUGACGUUGUAAACACAAGCUAAACAUUUUUUCGCGUGUCUUAUAAUUCGGCCAUCCUUGCCGUCAUACUCCCUAAUAAGUCAGUGCGUGUGUGAGAAACAGCUGCUCCAGCUGACUCGAGGUUUCCGACUCCUGCAAAUUCGCGCGCGCCCUGUCAUCAAUCCAACGUCAUCGACGUGCUACGAACCUUCUUUUUUUAUUCCCUCUUCUCCUCUUCUUCUGCUGUCUCCUUGGCUUCUUCGUAGUUCGCACCGAGAGGAUUCAUGUGUAACUCUGUGACACAAGCAUGGCAAGACGUUAAGGGACUCAGUGUUUAAUAAAUAGUUGAAAAAUGGUAUCGUAGCGAUCGGCGAUAUGCAAGUUAAUUCUCUGAGCUCGAUACCGCUGUGCCCAAGCUCUUAUUCUAUUGUGCGAUGUGUCAAUUGCGUUCAGUGAUAUAAAACGGAGGAAUAAGGGAAGAAUCGCAACAAAUACAAAGGGUGUUUGAAGAAAUAGAAAGAGCUGGAGAGGGAAAGAAUAAGCGAGUGAGAGCGAGAGAGAGAAGGGAACAACAAGCGAGGGUAAAGGCACCAAUAAAGAGAGCCAGAAGCGACAUAGACCCGGUUGUCGUUGGAGAGGGAGUCAUCCUCGCGGUCGCAACGUGGACCAGGGUACCGGCGAGGAGGGGGUCACCUCACCUCGGAUCUCUCUUCUGUGGCUUCGGAAGCGGUGCGUCGAGCGCACGCUGGAAAACGACGCGAGUACCGGGUGCAAUUCGCACCUGGAAUACGAGGAACCCCGUGGUCGCGAUAAACGGGCGUGUGGUACGUGUUUACUUCGUACAAAAGGAAAAAGGAAAACCCAAAAGGUGCUGUUUUUGUUUCGUUGUCAACUGGUUUUGACGAUAUUUUGUGAUACACGAUUAGUAAGAGGGAGGUCGUGCUGUGGCUGCGUGAACGCAAUAGUGAACAAUAGCCCUUAAAAAAGAAAAAAAAAAAGAUAAUCGACGAAAAAAAAGGAAAAUUAAAUAAGCAGAGUAAAUAACGAAAUAGGUGGAGGCAAGGAUGGCGAAUUUAGAAGGACCCUCCUCGAAUAAUCAGUGCAUCCGGUGUUAAUGAGAUCCUCCGCGUAUUCACCCUUUCCCCUUUCCCCUGAUUCCCCGGUUCGCGCGCGACGUACACCGAAACAUUGCGCUCGUGCCGUCCAGCAAUGAGUUCGAAAUUCAUAAUCGAUAGUAUGCUACCGAAGUAUCAUCAGCAAUUUCAUCAUCAACAAUUGUUCGCAAGUGCAGCUAAUUCGAGUACAGUACAGGGGUGUUCGGGUGGUCCGGGCUCAGCAUCGAGUCUCGAAUCAAGCCUAUCGGCGGCAGCUGUCGCGGCUGCGGCCGCGAAUUACGCCCAGCACAGUUCACCGAGUCCGACGGGCUCGAGUCCCCAGCACUCGGGUAGUUCCGCGUCCACGUCACCCGCUGCUAGAACCGCAUCUAGCAUGUAUCCUUACGUUUCCGCAGCGGCGGCUCAUCACCAUCAUCAACAGCAGCAGGCCGUAGCCGCUGCCGCUUUUGGUGCGACCUCGUCCAUGGUACCUGGCUUUGGUUCAUCAGCGGCAUCGAGUGCUGCCCUCGCGGCUGCGGCUGCGGUUGACGCCGCUACCGGCGACAAAUCGUGUCGUUAUACCGCGAGUCUUACCGGCAACGUUGCCCCUAGUUCUACCGAUCCUAUGGUCAACUAUACCCUUAGUCAUCAUCAUCAAAAUGGUGGUACCCCCGGUGGACUCGUCUCAUCGGCAUCAGCCUCCUCCGCCGUAUCAGCGGCAUCGGCUUCUAUGGCUGCCGCCGCACAAUUCUACCAUCAAGCGGCCGCUGCCUCCGCUGUCGUUGAUCCUCUAACCUCAUGUCAGCAACCCGCCAACCCUGGACAACCUGGUAUACCGGACAUACCGAGAUAUCCCUGGAUGUCCAUCACCGACUGGAUAAGCCCCUUCGACAGAGUCGUAUGCGAUUUCCAUGUUCCAGGUCCGAACGGGUGUCCGAGGCGCCGGGGUAGACAAACGUACACGCGAUUCCAGACCCUCGAGCUCGAGAAGGAAUUUCACUUUAAUCAUUAUUUAACGAGACGACGACGAAUAGAAAUAGCUCAUGCUCUCUGUCUGACGGAACGCCAGAUAAAGAUAUGGUUUCAAAAUCGACGAAUGAAAUUGAAAAAAGAGCUACGAGCAGUGAAAGAGAUAAAUGAACAAGCGAGACGAGAGCGCGAAGAGCAGGAUAUGAUGAAGAAACAACAGGCCGAAAAACAGGCAAAGAUGCACCAAGAGCAGCAAAAUGCUCUGCAGCAUCAGCAGCAUCAUGUGAGUGGUCUGGACAAGGCGCAAAGUGAUCUUCUCAAAGCGGUUAGUAAGGUGCCUACAUAGGAGGCCACGAGAACGGCGUGGCGAACGCUCUUCCCUUCGUUCAUGUAGAUGAUAAAAAAUUUAGCAGAGAAACACGAAAGAAAAGAAACGAUGAGUGGAGAACGAAAUGAAAAGAAAGAGGAACGAGGAUGAGAGACGAAAAAAGAAAUGAGAGGAAGACAGAGAGCCACGUCGUGAGAGUCGACAAAAAAAACAAUGAAAUAAAUCGCUUGGAGCGAUAAAAAAAAAGAACAACUGGCGCAGGAUAGCGCGAGAUAUAAAGUUAAACCCACGACUACGUACUUACCUGGUUGACCGUCGAUCGGAGCCGCCAUAUUGGUUCUUGGCCGCGGACAGCCACGCCUGACUGAUUCCUAGAAUGUAUUUUUUAAAACAAAAAAAAACAAACAAACAAAACGCGAGGCAUAAGACGAAAUGCUGAACGAGGCCAGAAGUGAAAAUGACAAGCGAGGAAAGCAGCGUCGACGCUGGAGCAUUUUUACUCGUACUCCUGCAAUGGCGUCCCGAAUUAUUCGCGAGUUUGUCAUUUCUCGUUUCGAGCUCCUCCGAAAGUUAUAAACGCAACUGAAGUUCGACCCGCGCUACGGAACUAUAUCUCGUGCUCUUAAAAACUCUCUCGAUUUCUAUUACGCGUCUCCGAAGAGUGAAAUUUGCCAAGUUUCGUGCAAAAUACCGAUAAAUAAACAUUCUCGCGAAGACUGACGAAUAGGUGCUCACUGAAUAUUACGUCGAGUUGUUAGAAAUGAAAAUCCAAUCCCGAGUGUCAUAGUCGUGAUUUUCAAAGUAGGAGAAACUGAUAUCACCGCAACAGCAACAAGAACAAAAUAACAAAAACAAAGUUGAAAUCCCACGUACGUAUUUAAAUAUUAAUCGGGAGUGCAUCUUCGAUUAACCGUCGCGUCAAACGCGCUGCUAAGGAACAAAGCCACCCGAUCAUUUUUCCUCCUUUCGAGGGAACUCCUGUUCUACUUUUCAUCAUUAUUUACUCGCCCAAAUAAUUGCUGCAAUUUGCGAAUGAGUGCGAAGACAAAAGGCGCUGAAACAAACGUAAUCCUCGAGACAUCGAAGAACCGUGCGAAUUUCAAGAUGAACGCGAACGACGGUGUCGAUUGCGAACGCGAGUGUCUUACCGCUGUGAAAAAAUGGGCUCGUUCUCUCUCCCUUUCUCUCUCUCUCUCUCUCUCUCUUUCUCUCUCUAUCUUUCCCUGUCUCUCAAGGUGGACUUCUUUGAUAACCCCGAAGAGAGGGCAAAAAUAGGCCCGAAGAGACGUCGAUGUCGCAGCCUGAAUCGCGCCAACGCUCACGCACAACAGACACGAAUUGCGAAAAAUAAUGUUUUAAAUGACAGAAACAAAACCCAGUGAAAAAAAUGUAUACACUCAACCGUACACCCGAAAAAAUAUUUCUUUAUUUCGAUUCUGAAAAGCACGUUCGAAGAGAACAGAAAAAUCGACAGAGCUUUGAUUAAGUUGACAUUUUAUCGAUUCACUAAUUAUAAAUGAAUUAUGAAACGACUAUUUUUUCCUCAUACAUUGUCAUCGAGAAAUUAAUUCACAUUUCUCGAUGCAGACACGAAAAAAAAGAACAAAUAAAAAACAUACGGGAUCGAAUCCAUUUGAAGUAGACAGAAUCACAAACAUGUAUACACAGGGAAAAAACGUAGACACAUGCAUAUAAAUAUAUGUCGAAGAUAAACACAUAUGAAAGCGCGAGCUCGCUCAUGUGCAAUAAAAUCCACGGCAAAAAUCGGAUAUCUGACCAGCGCAACGACAAAAAUGUUAAUCAAGAUGAAUAUAAAAUAAUGGAAGGAUUCCGAAGAGCCGUGUGUAAAAGAUACGUAAUAACAAGCAUGCAAAAAACAAUGCUAAAGAAAAAAAAAACAAUUAGUACACCAAUUGGUAUUAAGCACAGUCCCUCCAAGUCCAAUCUUGCAACGUUUCCGCCCGCGUUGUAAGACACGAAAAAAAAUAAAAGAAGACGAUUAAUUAAAAGGAAAGAAAAAAAAUCGUUUACGUUCGAUUCUUUUGUUUUACGCAUUGAAUUCGCUAGCGGGCAUGUUAAGUUUUUUGUUCGUUUCAUCAUUGAGUGAUAAAUGCGUUGUCGAGAAUCUCGUUGUAUUCGUUAGUUGGUUCGUAGUUGAUUUUAUUUAUUUGAUUUUUCGUCCCUCGGGAUGAGCUAGUAUUCUUUUUUCUAAAUUAUUUUUUAUCAUUUUUCCAACUUCUUCUUCGUCUCUCGAAUGUUUCGUUUGGCUGAUCGGUGUCUUGGCCACAUCGAUUCGAUUGUUGUUUCGUGUUAAAUCAUUUCGUUUGUUUUUUAUUUCUCUUCGCGUCAGCUUCGUACUGUUUUUUUUUUAUGAUUGAACGUUUUUUUCUCUAAUCUCGUAGUUGAAAAUAUUUCUCCCGCGGUCCUUCCCAAUCGAAGGAAAAAAACACGGACCUACCGGACACCGUGCCUCGUUGUCGCGACGAAUAAUAAAAACGAGAAAGAUGAAAACUAAAUCGUCGCUUUUCUGGGGCACAACAAAUACCUGGACGAGUAUCUCACUCUUAGUACAUUAAAUACGUAAUUUGGUGUCAGGGUAGACAUUUUUCGUAGUUAUAUAGAGAGCCUGUUGUUGGUAUCGAAACUUCCUAAUCACCUAAAUAUUAUAUUCCCCCUGAUUCCUAUACAAAAAAAUUGAAAAAAACGUAAUAAUAAUUAUUCAAAAUAGUAUCUAAAGGUUGACGAAGAAAAAAAAACGUGAAAAUUUUGAAUCGUAAUAAAUUAUCGUCUAUUUUUCCCUCGCGAGCUCGAACGAGUCUCAUGUCCUGACAGUUCGUUCAAAAUCAAAUAGAAAAGAACGGAAAAAACUCACGAAGAGAAAAUGCUGUUUCACCUAAAAUCUGUUGCUCGUUCUGGAAAUCCGGCAUUCGAUAAAAAUCACAAACUCACAAAUUCUAUAAUCCCCUGCAUACAUGUACAUUCUGACAGACACUGACUAUCGGGCCACAAAACUCGUUCGAAGGUUCAUGAAACAAAUUAAAGAUAAAUCAAUAUUUAGGGUAUCCGUGUACUGUCGAAAGAAAUAAAAAAUAAAGCAAAUCGGAAUAGAUAUGAAAAACAAGUACAUUAUUCUAUACACCGAUGUACGAGGAGAAUUUUUUGAGGAAACGCAAAAGAUUUUUGGAUAAAUAAAUGAGAAUAGCGGGUAUGAAUGAGACAAGAAUUUUCAUUUUACUUUUUCGGCUAAAAAACGUUCAAAUCGGAAUUGAGAAGACAAUGAUUGAUGAAUCGAGAGCUCGUUUAGUUGAGCUAGAAGUCAAGUUUAACAGAAUCGAUACCGAUAUUCUCCAGUUUACUAAUAUCCAAGCUGAACGUGUGCGUACACAAAAAAUAGUUAUUAAUAUCGAUUACAUUAAGUAUAAAUAUUAUAUACUGUAAUAUUUAUAUACACAUAUACAUAUUAUAUUAUAUAAAAUUGCAAAUAUCUUUUCUUGCUCCGGCUAUCCUCAGUUAUAGGUAAGAAUUUUUCUUUUUUAUCUUCAUUGAAAAAAAACAAACCAUUUGAACUCGAAAAAACGAUGUCAAAGAGUGUGAUCCACAGCAACUGUAGAACCGCGAUUUGGGGAAUAAAAAGAAUCGGCAAAUGUAUACGGCAAAAUUAGGUGAGAUGAGAACGCUGGUGUCUCACGAACGGAAGAAAAUUUCGAUGAGAAAAUUCUGCUGUUGAGCGAAAAAUAAAAAAUCGUAAAAACGAUGCGCGGUGUGUAUAACUAUUUGUAGAAAGCUUUAUAUAUAUAUUGAUAUAACUUGAAUUAUCGAACUGAUUAUUUUCCAGUUACGUUUGAUGUUAUGCAACCGUUUUGCGAGUACGACUCGACGUUUUAAUUGACGCGUAUAAGCACGGGGAUCGAGCAAAUUGUACAGUUGGCCCUUAUCAUCAUUGUUUUUGUUUUCUCGAUUGAAAAGCGUGGUCCUUAAAAAAAUAAGGAAAAUAAUAAUUAGAAUUUGAAUAAACGAGUUGUCCCGGACACUCGGUGGGAGCAAUCCUCGUCAAGGAUUCGUUGUUUCGCUGCGGAUGAACUUUUCUUCGACAAAAAUGGCGUAACGUCAUUGAGAAAAGUGCGUGUAUGUGUAUAAAAGAAAAAUUCUCUUAGCCAAUUAUCUCGUUCACGUUUAUCGUUUUCAUCUUCGUUCAAGUUUUUCGCGCAACUAAAUAGACUUUUGUCCUCGUUUUUUUUUUCAUUUUUAUUCUUCCAUAUUGUUGUUGUAGGUGUAGGUAAUUUUAAUCGAAGGUCGGGUAACUGUGCUCUAAAUAGUAGUUGAUAAAUCAUUUUUCACACGUCACGUUUGUCAAUGAAAAUUGUUCAUCGGAUUUCGAAGCGAAAGUUCCACGAGUAAUGACGCGGAGAGAAAAUUUCGAGUUUAACGAAGAAGAAGAAGAAGAAGAAGAAGAGGAAAGGGAAGAAGUAGAAAUUAGUGACUGAAAUUACGAGAGAAAAAUGAAACAAACAAAAAAUGAGAAGAAAACAAAAGUAGCGGACGCCGUCCACAAAACUCGAGCUUUCUCUCGACCGGUCUCGGACGCGUGACCGACACUCGGAUGGAUUUUUUGUUUUUUAAUUACUAGUUAAUAUAGAGACGCGUAAUCAUAUCAGGUGAAUUUCUUAAAAGCAACUUAUUUAAUCCCUCGAGACACUUUCCUUCCCAAUUUUUCUCGUAAUCUUUUACGCCCAUUUUAUCUCGCUCUACUAUUACGGACUUUCAUUAAUAAUAAUUAUAUUAAUUAUACGAAUAAUAACGAUGAUUGUAUUAUAUCGAAGUGGAUAUUGAUACAUAAACGUAGCCGAAUUAAGUGAUUAAUUAUAUAUACACGUAUAAAUAUAGUUUUAAUUAAGAUAAAAAUAAUAAUAAAAACAGCAUUAAUAAUAGCUAUACAUACAUCAAUAUUAAUUGAAACGAAUGCGCGAUGCGUCAGUAGAGAAUAGUACAACGUGCCCGACUUGCCAAACUCGCGAUUUAAACUUGAGUAAAGAAGAAGAAAGUGUUCCGACUGCGAUGAAUCGGAAAGGUGGAGUGAACCUUUUUUUUAUUUUUGAAGUUUAAGCGAGAACUUCUCACAUCCGAAUUAAUGAGGAAACUCAAAAUGUAUUGAAGUUUCGACGGGUUGACAAUGAAGAACGUUUAUUGAAGCAUAACAUUUUUCACUAUUCAAUAAUCAAUGGCGAAAUCAUUAUUUUCAAAAUCCUAUACGUAAAUCGUUUCCCGGAAUGGCUGCGAUCGAACGAAAGCGAGCUCUCUCUGUUCGUUAAGCAAUCGACAAAGUCGUUUAAAAGUAAAGCAACAAGAAAAUGAACUAAAUUUCGCACUGAUUUCUGCGCGCCCAGCUAUCGAUUGCGUAUUAUAAAUACGUCGGAUUCCAGUGAAUUGUACAGUCAAUUCUUCGUUAUUUUUACUAUGAAACGAUCAAAUUUUACGAUGAAUUAAAACAUUUUUUUUAAACCAAUGCCGGUGAACAGAGAAAACAGAGGGAGAGAGAGAGAGAAAGAGAGAGAUAAACGAGUUGAAUAAAAAAAUUGUUUGUUAUUAUAUUUUCUUUGCUGAUAGAUACAUUGUUUAUUUAUGAAAAACUGUUUAAUUUUACGUAUUAGUGUUUUAUUUUUUUUUUUUUUUUUCAUUUCGCAUUUGUUUUUAUUUUUGUUGAUAUGAAACUAGGAAAAAGCGAUGAGUGAUGAAACAAUUUUUUGUUUUGAUUAUUCAUUUUCUAAUAUGAUGACGAAAAGAUAAAAGUAUAAUGUGACUACCGCUUGUUCAAUCAAUUUUUCUUACUGUUUCCAAACUUAUAUAGAACUUUAAUAUUGGUGAGCUCGGAAAAGUCGAUCGUAAUUUUCGUGUUCGGUCUCCAGUUUGACGAAUAAUAUUGAAAUAAAAAAAAAAAACGCAGUGAAAUAAAUAAUAAUAAUAAUAAUAAUAUAGUGCGCUCUUGGCAUUCUCGCGAGCGACGAAAUAACGAUAAAUAUAAUAAUAUUAAAUGAUUUUAACGACAAGAAAAAAGAAACACAAAAUACACAUAUACGUAAUUAAAACUCGUCAUUGUUAAUUGAGAUAUUAUUUAAUCGCGUGAAUAAAGCUUUAGCGCGCGCGUUACUGACCGAGGAAGAUGUAAAGAAAAAAAAGGAGAAAAAUCACUUUUGUUUCUUGCCAAGUGACUGGUUGUAAUAUAAUUCUUGUAAUUCUUGCGCAAGCACGUAAAAAAAAAAACAUAAUUCUGGCAUAUGCGAGCCGAAAGCUCGCGACGUAUGGUAAAUAUAUAAAUAUAUAUAUUUUUUUCACAGGCAGCUGUGUCCGUUCGACGCGAAAAGAAAAUGAAAAACAAUGAUAUUAAAACAAUACGAAAAAAAGCAAACGAAAAAUAAGGUCGAAUCAUGGAAAUGAAAGUAAGUACGAGCGCCCAAAUUUUCGUCACCGAGAUCUCGCUUCGCUGUAUGUAUCUAGAUAUGUAUAGUAUUGUUACUCUCUCUCCGGGGAUCGUUGUAGAGUUAUGCUUUUCAUUUUUCACUGAUUCCCGAUGGAAGAUUCUCGAGCCAUAUCUAAAAGUAUUUCAUUUCUCUCUCUAGUUUUGUUGAACAUAUUUCUUUCGUUUCGUUGUAAUUUGUAAAAAGUAAAUGAAAAAUAGAAAGAAAAAAAGAAUAGACGAAAAAUGAACGAGAGCAGCUCAAAGUUGUAGAUUUUAGAUUGGGGCUGACGAAAAUUUCGCGAUAGACUCUCUCGUCGACUGCGUUAAAACUUUUUCUUUAACUUUAUUAUGUUGCUGCUGUUAUUCGCUCGCGUGCGUGUCACAAUACUCUCUCGAGCAAUUAAAGUCGAAGUGAUUCUGAGAAUAAAAUUAUCAGUUUCCUCAAUGAUGUUGGAGCGAAGUCUUUUUAAAAAGUCAACGAAUCUAGUUACGGUUUAAUUCCCGGUGAAAACGAGACGUUGAUUCUAUCACUUCGGAUAGGAACACAGUUCCUUUCCUAUACUGUCGUGACAUUGUCAAACGACUCGAUAAACAACUUGAAACGAAAAAUAAAUUGAAGCACUUAAAAAACCUGGUGACCAAGUAUUUUCUUCGCGUUUUAUUUCAUCCUCGCUCGAGCAAAGCCGGCUAAACUAUUGAUCACGUGUGAAUCGAUGGAUCCAAAAUGAAAUGACAAUGGUAAAGUUUGAAAAUCUAAAAUAAAGAUUUUAAAAAUCCUUCAUAUUUCUCUCCAGCGUGCAGAUUCGUCUUACGUGUUUGUCUUGCUAUUAUAUCCUAUCUACUCCCUCUCCCAUGGACGAGAACAAAGUCCCCCGACUCGUUCAUUCAACUUCAUGAAUUCUCGAUGUAAAUAUUAACAUAGUUACAGUAAUAUUGAAUUAAGGCGCGUACGAGAUGAUUGAGAGAAAGCAGUGCGAAAGUGAAUGAAUGUCGUGAAAGAAUUUUCAAAAGGUGAGAAGAUAGAAAACGAAAGAAUCGCACGCGUUCACGUAAUUAAAUGUAACAACUAUUAAUUAUAAAUGAUAAGAGAGCGUAGCUGUCCUAAAAUACCGAACUACCGUGUUAAGGCGUAAUAUUAAAUAUAUAAUUAAUGAAAAGUGACGCGUAAAAGAAAACAAACGUUCGACUAAGAGAAAAGGGAUGAGGAAGAGAAAAACGUUCAACAACAACAACAAAAAACGACGAUCAAUCUCGUGUCCGCCGAAUAUUGAAUAAAAGAAAAUACAUACGCACGCGAACAAUGGAAAAAAAAAUAAAAUAAAAUAUUAGUAUUACCAAGACUAGAGUGAAAGAGUUCGAAAGAAAUGCAUAACUAAAAGAGUGAGGCAUGAAAAUUUGAAGGGCGAGAGUGUGAUUAAAGACGAUUAAGAGACGAGGAUAAUGAGGGAGAGUAAACCUAUUGACAAUGAAUGUAAAUGUAUCCAUUUUUCGAAAAAAAAAUAAAAUAAAAAUAAAACCAUUUGAUGUAGAAUUAUACUCAUAAGCUAUAUCUAUGAUAUACAAACGAAAUAAAAGCGUACCGUAAAUUAAAAAAA